AUAUAUAUAUCCUGCUCAGCUGCAGUGAGUCUAGGCCCUGCACCACUCUCACUUCUUCUCCACCCGACGCAAGUGACCACAUCAGCAAAUAUGAUGAAAGGUAUGAUCAUCAAGAACAUGUCCUUCAAGGUCGGACAGACCCUGACCGUCGUUGGCGUCACCAAGCCUGAUGCCACAAACUUUGCAAUAAAUAUUGGCCCUGAUGAGACGGAGAUCACGCUGCACAUCAACCCUCGCUUCAACGCCCACGGAGACGAGAAUGCCGUGGUCUGCAACUCUUACCAGAAUGGCAGCUGGUGCGAGGAGUACCGUGAGGGAGGCUUUCCUUUCCAGCAGGGGGAGGAGUUCAAGGUCGUCAUCGAAUUCACCCCGACUGAGUUCCAGGUGACUUUAUCAGACGGCUCAAAGAUCCACUUUCCCAACCGCAUCGGCGCAGAGAAGUACUCGUGCAUCAGCUUCGACGGCGAGGUCCGCGUCACGAGCUUUGAGAUCAAGUAAACCUUCAGCCACCCUGGAAUUUUGGAUUCAAAUUCAUUCUUUUUCAAUUAAUCAGGUCAACUACAGGCCCAGCUUUUAAAGUCUCAAAUGUUAUGUCAUAUCAGUAUUGCCUUUCAUGUUCACCAUAAAAAGUAUUACGUAAUUAUGCAGCAUGUUGCCAAUGCAUGCAGAGAGAAAAAAAAGAUGGAUUGGAUCAGACAGUGAUGUGAUCAUUGUCACAGAGACUCAACAUUGUUACUGCGCUCCCCUCCUGCUCGCAUUGUUCAUGUUGUAAUCACGAGUAGCCCGAGGCCAUGUUAUCUGACUGUUACUUGCUCCGCAGAUUGCAAUGUUUUAGUUGAGAAGUUGUUUCGUAAGGUGCUUAAUAAUUUGACAUGCUUUGUUGUUUUUCUUCCUCCCAGACAUUCCGGUUUAUAACUGAGUGUAAUGCUUGCCUAUUAAAGCAUGAACGUCAUAAAUAUGGA